CGACGUGUAUACCUCUAAUAGCAGUAUUAUGCUUCCAGCAAUUUAAGUGCUCUUUUGUGAUACGCGUCCACCCUAAACGUAAUGUAAGAAAAGGGAUACUCAGUCUCCUCGUAGAUGUGAUCAUGGAGGUGUCGAAGCAUUCAACAUACAGAGAUUAUGAAUGGGCCAUUGAAUUAAAUCGGCUCAGUUUAACAUUGCUCGGCAUUUGGCCAGAGAAUCAUGAAGCAAAGCAGAAAAAAUUAAUAUCGAACAUACGUGUGAUCAUUAUAUUAAAUCUAAUUACCUGGAUCUGCCUCAUUCCAUCUCUACAUUCAUUGCUGAAGAUUUAUGAUGACAUAAUGUCGACAAUCGAUAAUUUGCAGUACACCAUGCCGCCUCUGAUGGCCAUAAUAAAACUGUUCAUUAUUUGGCAAAAAAAAUAUGACAUUCUACUUCUAUUAAAUAUGAUCAAAGACGAUUGGCUGAGACCAAAGACAUCGGACGAGAGGAACGUUAUGUUAAAACAAGCGCGAAUCGCACGUAUUCUGACGAUAUUCGGUUGUUUCAUGAUGCUUAUGUCUAUCAUUUCCGCUAUUCUUCUUCCUCUCUUUGGCAUUUCAAUUAGAUACAGGACAAAUAGAACGGAUCCGGGCAAAUCUUUACCGUUACAACUAUACUAUGUCUACGAUAAAGACAAGAGUCCAUUUUUUUUCGAAAUAACGUAUGUUCUACAGUGUAUUUCAGUAAUGCUGAUCGGCGUCAUGUAUUCUAGUACGGACAGUUUUUUGAGCUUGCUAGUGUUUCACGUGUGUGGUCAGCUGGAAAAUCUCAAGAAACGUGUGAUUGAUCUUGAUAAAUUUCAUAACUUCAGGAUUGCUCUAUCAUACAUCGUUCGGGAUCAUAUGCGUCUUAUCAGAUCUAUCAAUAUCAUUGACAAUGUAUUUACUAUAAUGCUGCUAGGGGCACUCUUAUACUUUGGCAUAUUAUUCGCUUUUUAUGGAUUUUUAUUUGGUAAUCUGUUCAGCCAAGGUCGAGAUCUUUCUGUUGCACGUUUAACUUUCUUCAUAAUAGUGUCCUCCACCUUGUUUACCCAUAUGUGCCUAUAUUGUGUUGUAGGUGAAAUUUUACUUGCACAAUGUGAAGCAGUUUACGAGGCUACCUAUGAAUACAAGUGGUACAUGUUGGAACCGAAAGAAGCGAAACAUCUAUUGAUGAUAAUGAUUCGUGCCAAUAAGCCGUUGUAUCUCACUGCGGGAAAACUGUUUCCUAUGACUAUGGCCCUGUUUUGUAACCUCUUAAAGACAUCAGGUGGUUAUAUAUCGGUUUUGUUGGCACAUCGGGAGUAAAACAAGAAAUCUACAAAAGAUUAUCCAUGUCAAAUUAGUAGACAACUAGAUUUAUUAUGAAAUCCAAGAGUCUGACAGAUUAUAAAGAAACCAAACCAUUCAGAUAAAAUUACAAAUGACAGGGAAGAAUUUUUUUAAUUGAAUUUGGAUCUGCAUAGCAAAAUCAAUGUGUGCCGAGAAAUCAUUCUUCAGCGAGAACAUAUGACUAAGUGGUAUAAACUCUCCAUGAAGUACGAUGAUAUUCUACAUAGAACAAUUUAUUUUUUCUAAAUGAUUUACCUGGAAUUUACAGAUAUGUGCGCUCCACUAAAUCAAGAUCAAUGAUAUUAUUCACCAGUUUGCACAGAAAUUCCAAGUCCAAUAAAACUCUACGAUUUUUAAUGU